UGUUUGUCACGCUUUAUUUACAGAUAUAUAUAUAUUUUUUAAGCAGACUGUUGUUCUGUUACUGCAGGUAGUUAAAAGCAGGCUCUGUGUGUGUUGCUGUUUCUCCAGAGCUGCUCCCAGCCUUCACAGAGAUGCAGAGUCGAGACAGCGUCGAUCAGUCUCAUCCUCUGUUCGGAGGAGCGCUGUCAGCCGUCCUUCCCACAAGCGCCAAAGACACCAGUGAGCUAAGGGAGAUCCCGGACAACCAGGAGGUGUUUGCCCAUGAACACACCGACCAGAGCCUGAUCGUGGAGCUGGUGGAGUACCAGGGUCAAGUGGCAGACCAAGACGCUUCCAGGUAUCACUUUGAAGACAUCGCAGGCAGUAACAAAGCUUUAGAGCCAGGUGCUUUUGAGGUGACCAGUGUUGUGUCCCUGUCGAAAUCUGAGCUGUCCCUGUCGGACUGCAGCUCUGCCUGGAUGCUGACUGGGACGCAGUGUGUAUCCAAAUUCAACGAAGAAGCUAGGAAUACAGUGACCCUUCACCUGGGUCUGUUCCGUCUGCCACAGUUCUCCACAGAUGUCCUGAUAACCUUCAAUGACCCACAGAGAAUCAGCCCUGAUAGCAGCAGUGCUGCUUCAGCGGAGACACACACUGAGCCAUGGACAGUGCAGGACUUCCAGCGCUUGUUGCAGACUCUGACUCUGCACAACCCAGGGCUGUUUGGGUAGAACAACUGCUACUUUCCCAUCGUGAGACCGCACCUGAUUACAGAUUUAGUCCAAGGCACAUUUAAACACAUUGGGACUGUGUUUGGCUGGGUUCCACACAAGAAUCAGGCCCGCAGCAUGCUUUUGGUCCCAACCUGAAAGUUUGGGAAGCUAUUCCUUCGGACCUGUAGCUGCAAUGACACAAAUGUUCUGUUCUGCCCUUGAUGUUGACUUUGUUGUGACAUUUGAAAACGAAUUGAUAACCAAAUAUCUCAAGAUAUGAAGAUCAUAAUAAAUGUUUUUGAUGAAAAA